CAGCUCCAGCUCCAGUUCCUGGUCGUCGUCUGUGGCAGCCUCAGAUCCAAGGCCCCCACUUUUGUAAUUGCGCCGUCACUGGGGAGAGCUUCGUUCGUUCGCGUUGUGCAGCCAGAUGGUCGAGAUCCAAUUCCGCGACGUUGCUUCAGGUACCUUCAGCUGUCCCGUCCUCCCCCUCCACAGCUCGUGUCGAUUCCACCUGCCCUCGCAAGCCCACCGACACCACAUCACCAACCCUCGCAAUGGCGUCCAAGCGGGAUAUGCGCCGGCCGGACCUGAUCGUCCCCUAUCAGGAGCCCAGGGCCAAGGGCGACACCACUGAUAUGUCCUCGACGCUUUCCUCCACCCUGCCAAUGGCCGCCAUGCUCACGCGCAACAAGUUCAUCGGAUGGGCUUCCGUUGUCUUCAGCAUCCAGACCUGGCUCGGCGAGAGCGAGGAGACCAAGAAGAGCUCUGCGACCCCGGGCUACUUCUCCGUCGGCAUGUCCAUCAUGGCCCUGGCCGUCACCUACCUGCCCCUUUUCCUGCCACCUCCCGUCCAGAGAGGCGCCGCGACCGGCACCGGCCCUGCUGCCCCCGUUCCUCCCGCGUAGACGUGAAACUUUGGCGGAGAGUUAGACGAGGUUGUAUUGAGGACUAUGGUACGGGUGUCACACGACUCUGUGCGGACCGAAGACAAGAGAAAACAGCAUUAUAAGGGCUUCUCGGGCAAUUGACGAGUCAAUGAUAGCGUUAAGGGGAGAGGGACAAGGGAGGGCCAUCUGCCAUGCUGGACCGGCAGCAAUAGGGUGUGGGUAAAACAACCAGCUGGUGGGAAUUUGUAAUAUAAUACCUCGGAACCUAGAAAGCCUUGCGGGUGUGGUGUGUAAUUGCAUGUCUGUUGAAAUUUCAAAAAUUCUAAUGGCGUUUGGUAAUAACACUUCUUCGUGCCUUUAUCAGAAUGUCUCGAAGCAUGCCGUCAGCGGUAGAAGGACACGCCCCUUCCGGUGGCGCAGGGAGUUGUGCAGCAAGGAGCCUCCAAGGAAUUGUGAUG